GUGCUGGAUUGGCCAGCGGGGCCGGCUGGCGCCAUGUGCAGUAGGGAUUUGUGCUCGCGGACUCGUGCGGCUGCGACUCGGCCCCAGUGGCGCUGCGUCACCACCUCAAGCGUCGCGCUCCCAUCGCUCCCUCUCCCAUCUCUCCCUUCUCUCCCAUCGCUCCCUCUCCCAUCUCUCCCUUCUCUCCCUCUCCCAUCACUCCCAUCUCUCUCUCCCAUCUCUCUCUAAUCUAUCUCCCAUCUCUCGCGCUCCCAUCGCUCUCCCAUCACUCCCUCUCUCUCCCAUCUGUCUCGAUCGAGUGGACUCCACUCUGUGGCUCUCCUAUCCGCCAAGCUGAGCAGCGCUCGGGAGGUCGUGGGGACGACGGCUUAGAGAAGCCGCAGCAGCAGCUGGGGGUGGUGGUGGUGGUGGUGAACGUCUCCUGCACAGGCGCCUCGUGGAGUGAAGAGGAGCCGGCGCAGAACCCGCCGUCCCAAGUGCCACGCCGCCAUGUCUGCCUUCACGUGCAUGUCCUGCCGCGUGGCCUUCGCCUGCGCCGACCUGCAGCGCGCCCACUACAAGACGGACUGGCACCGCUACAACCUCAAGCGCAAGGUGGCGCAGAUGGCGCCCGUGACGGCCGAGAGCUUCGCGGAGCGCGUGCUGGCGCAGCGAGCCGCGGCGCAGGUUCCCGGCGCCGUCGUGCAUCAGCCGUGCGCCACGUGCGGCAAGGGCUUCGCCUCGCACAACGCGUACGACAACCACCUGCGCUCGCACCGCCACUUGCAGGCCGAGGCGCGGCAACGCGACGCGGCGCAGGCUGCCCACGACGAGGUAGAGCGCAUGAACAAGAAGAACGUCGAGAAGGGCCUGGAGAUACAGCCGCUCAGCAAAGACGAGAUGAACGCCGCCAUCCAGCAGGCCGUGUUCAAGGCCUCGCCGCACAAAUCCCCGAGCCUGGCCCGUCGGAGCGACCCUGCCAAGGAAGCCGACGGCACGGCAGGGGCGCAGGCCCCAUCCCGGCCACCGCGGCCACCGCGCCUAAUGUGGCUGGAGCAGCGCGAGGCACAGGAGCGCAGCAAGGAUGGCAAGGUGCCGACAACGGCGCAGGCCGGGCAGGAGACGGCAGGCAACGAUGAGUGGGAAGACCUGGGCACCGACAAAGAUGACGACGAUGAUGACUGGGAAGAAGAAGAAGACGACGAGGACGAGGGCGCAGUUGACAUGGAGUUGGGAGCGACGACGGAGGGUGCGGAGGGCGCCGUGUUGUCGGCCGACGGGCAGCCGGCCAUGGCGGGGACGCUGCCGCACAACGGCUGCUUCUUCUGCCCGCAGCGCUCGCGCACGCUCGCACGCAGCCUGGCGCACAUGUCCCGCGAGCACGGCUUCUUCAUCCCCGACGUGCAGUACCUGGUCGACCUUCCGGGGCUCAUGCGUUACCUCGGGGAGAAGGUUGGCGCGGGCAACGUGUGCCUGUGGUGCAACGAGAAGGGCCGCUCGUUCUACUCGCUGGACGCCGUGCGGAAGCACAUGCGCGACAAGGGCCACUGCAAGCUCUUCACGGACGGCGACGCCGCCCUCGAGUUCGCAGAUUUCUACGACUUUCGGCCGAGCUACAUGGAGUUCCGGGUGGGAGGGCGCGACGUGGACGGUGAGGACGAGGAGGACGACGAGGAGGACAGCAGGCUGGGGGAGAAGCAGCUCGUGGAGUACGAUGAGACCACCAUGGAGCUGCAGCUGCCCUCAGGAGUGAAGGUGGGCCACCGCUCCCUUCUGGUGUACUACCGCCAGCGGUUUGCACCGGGGCAGGCCGUGGUGGUGCACAGGAGCGGCCGUCUGCUGGGCCGCGUCAUGCAGCAGUACCGCGCGCUCGGAUGGAACGGCAACGCCGGCGGGGAGGCUGCAAUGCGGCGCCAGCGAGACAUGCGCUUCCUGCAGCGCCACAAGGCCAAGUGGGCGAUGAAGAUGGGCAUGCGCGGCAACAUGCUGCAGCACCACUUCCGCUCGCAAGUGCCGAUCUGAUGAACGGAGCUCGGACGGCGGCGGAGGACAAUGAUGGAGGUCGCGAGGCCACGGGUCACAGAGUUUGGUUGAUUGGUCGAAUCCGAUACUGUGUUGUGCAGUUGGGAAGUAGGGUUGUCAUGAUAUAAUUUUCCACAAUACGAUACUGUUAUCAAAUCUCAUGAUUUGACGAUUAUCGCGAUAUCAUUUGCCAUAAACAUUGUAAUUCAACUUCGCAGUUUUAUUUUUUGUGCUUUGCAGCAAGUCUAGUAGGAAUAAAGAAUAAUUUAAAGACAUGAAACU